AUGUAUAUACAAUCAAUGAGUAAACUAACCUCCGUCCCCCCCCCGUUGAUUGGUCAUGUUUACUUGAAUUCAAUUAAAACAACCAUUUUCUUGGAUGAAAAUCAACCAAACAACAAAAGAAAAGAUUCUAUUGAAUUGAUUAAAAUCAAUCAAUUAUGUCCAAUCUCAUUUAAUAAUGCUAUCUAUACAACAAUUAAUGAAGAAGAAACUUUGAUUAUCAAGCCAAAAUUUCAAUUUUUUUAUUAUGGAUUACCAUAUGAAUCUAUAGAAAUAUUAAUAAAUGGUAUCAUAAGCCUAUCCUCUGAAACCAAUAUAUUAGAAACAGACAGAAUAAUUAGAUCUUACAAAGGAUUUACAAUUGAUUACGCAUGUAAUUGGAUGAAUAUGUAUCAGACAGAAAUAAUUAAAGCUUUCAAUGGAAUACCAGUUGGGUGUGCAAUAAAAACGAUAAACAAUGAUGAAUAUCUGGCAAUCGAAUGGUCUUAUUCAGGUUCUAACAAUGAAAAUAAUACCGAAAAUCAUGUUCAAGUGGUUUGUGUUUUAUAUGCAAAUGGGAACAUAUCAAUCUAUUUUAAAAAGGUUCCUGAUUCACUUGAAAACAAGGUAGACGGUUUAAUGCUUCGAGCUGGCAAAUUUACAGAUAAAGAUAACGAAUUAUAUUAUGAAGCUGAUGGAAAACAUUUCACUGUCAUAAAGAUUCCACCAACUGUUGUAAAAUCUGGUACUUUGAUUGAAUACAGUCCACUUACAUUUUGUAAUGAAAUAAAUGAUAUUGAAAACAUCCCAGAAAACAUGGUGCAUUCCAUGAAGACUUCAAUGAAUAUCGCGAGUGAUGUUGUUUGUGAAGAUAUUCAAAAUACAGAGUGCCCAAUCACUGGCUGCAGUGUAACAAAACCAAUCAAUAAUUCUAUAGAAGUCUCCACCAAUCGAAAUAUAGAACAAACAACAAACGAUCCAGUAUUACCAUAUACAUUUUCAAUUCUUAGCUAUGAACAACAAUUAUUAGAGGCUAGUCAAAAAUUUGAUGUCGAUUUUAUUAUACGUCGUUUCACUAUCUCACUUUUAUUACCAUUUCUAUUGAUAGCAACAGUAUUAUGCAUUGCUUUUCCAUUAUUUAUAUAUAGAAGACAAUCUCUUAAAAUGAACAAUUGGAAUUUCAAAUAA